AUGGAGAAUAGAACACCAGUGAAGUCUGUUGUGAUUGACCAGGGGCCUAGACUCUCUAUGGCACACAAGAACUCACUGGAUUGCACUUUUCAAGAUGCAGAUAUCAAGAAAAUGCUAGAAUCUAUCCCUGUAACCAAAGCUCCUAGGUUAUAUGGGUUUAACAGUCAGUUCUUCAAGUCAGCUUGGCCCAUCAUAAAAGCUGAUUUCUAUCAGGAUAUAAAAUAUUUCUUUGUAACUGAGAAACUGCUGAAAGAAAUAAAUGUCACCCCAAUCUCCCUUGUUCCUAAACUUCCUGUACCUGCUUCAGUAGGUGACUUUAGGCCUAUUGCAUGCUGUUCUGUGCUGUAUAAAUGCAUCUUCAAACUUCUAUGUGCAAAGCUUAAACUAGUUCUCCCUGAUAUUGUUUCUCCCAACCAAGGAGCUUUUGUUUCUAAAAGGUCCAUCCUACAUAAUGUUCUGCUAUGCUAG